CGCUGGCUGCGAGCGGGACUCCGGCGAGCAGAGCGCAGCCGCGAGGGAGACGCGAGGGAGGCGAGCCGGAGCUGGAGCACUAGCAGCAGCCGGAGUCGGCGGAGAGCACCCGGGCUCAGCCGGAGCCGGUGCCGCAGCUGCGAUGGCCGUGGCCGUGGGGAGACCAAUGAAGAGCUUCGAAACUUGUCUUUGUCUGGCCAUGUGGGAUUUGACAGCCUCCCUGACCAGCUGGUCAACAAGUCUACUUCUCAAGGAUUCUGUUUCAACAUCCUUUGUGUUGGUGAGACAGGCAUUGGCAAAUCCACGUUAAUGGACACUUUGUUCAACACCAAAUUUGAAAGUGACCCAGCUACUCACAAUGAACCAGGUGUUCGGUUAAAAGCCAGAAGUUAUGAGCUUCAGGAGAGCAAUGUACGGCUGAAGUUAACCAUCGUUGACACCGUGGGAUUUGGAGACCAGAUAAAUAAAGAUGACAGCUAUAAGCCGAUAGUAGAAUAUAUCGAUGCCCAGUUCGAGGCCUACCUGCAAGAGGAAUUGAAGAUUAAACGUUCUCUCUUCAACUACCAUGACACGAGGAUCCAUGCCUGCCUCUACUUUAUUGCCCCUACUGGACAUUCACUGAAGUCCCUGGAUCUGGUCACCAUGAAAAAGCUGGACAGUAAGGUGAACAUCAUUCCAAUAAUUGCAAAAGCUGACACCAUUGCCAAGAAUGAACUGCACAAAUUCAAGAGUAAGAUUAUGAGUGAACUAGUCAGCAAUGGGGUCCAGAUAUAUCAGUUUCCCACUGAUGAAGAAACGGUGGCAGAGAUUAACGCGACAAUGAGUGUCCAUCUCCCAUUUGCAGUGGUUGGCAGCACCGAAGAGGUGAAGAUUGGCAACAAGAUGGCAAAGGCCAGGCAGUACCCCUGGGGUGUGGUGCAGGUUGAGAAUGAAAAUCAUUGUGAUUUUGUGAAACUUCGAGAGAUGCUGAUCCGGGUGAACAUGGAGGACUUGCGAGAGCAGACUCACACCCGCCACUACGAAUUGUACCGACGCUGUAAGCUUGAAGAGAUGGGGUUCAAGGACACUGACCCUGACAGCAAACCCUUCAGUCUUCAGGAGACAUAUGAAGCAAAAAGGAAUGAAUUCCUGGGAGAACUGCAGAAGAAAGAAGAAGAAAUGAGACAAAUGUUUGUUAUGAGAGUGAAGGAGAAAGAAGCUGAACUUAAAGAGGCAGAGAAAGAGCUUCAUGAGAAGUUUGACCUUCUCAAGCGGACACACCAAGAAGAAAAGAAGAAAGUGGAAGACAAGAAGAAGGAGCUUGAGGAGGAGGUGAACAACUUCCAGAAGAAGAAAGCAGCGGCUCAGUUGCUACAGUCCCAGGCCCAGCAAUCUGGGGCCCAGCAAACCAAGAAAGACAAGGAUAAGAAAAAUAGUCCUUGGCUCUGCACGGAAUAAAUGAUACCCUCAAAUCUAAUUGGAUGUGCUUUCGCCUUUGCAUCUGACCAUCUGCCUCUUGAGAGAGAGAGAAGUGGGCAUCCUUCCUUUAAAUUCAGGAACCACUGUUGUUUUAUUUGACUUUUUCUGUUACUUGCAUCUCUUAUAUAAGUUGUUUUGGAUUUGGGAUUAUGUUUUGGGGGUGAAAAAUUCCAGUUCUGUUUUUUGUAUUGGUUAUUCAGCUUACUUUUGGUAUCAAAAUUAUACCAGUUUUAAGCUCACUUGAGUGAAGUUUAAGUCACAAGAUUCUGUUUAAUAUGCUUUCCUCAUUUUGGAAACAACCAAAAACUUCCCUUUUUUGUUACGGGAUUUUGACCUACAAGUCCUAAUCGUGUUUAAAAUGUGCCGGUGUUGGGUAGAUGACUUUUCUGCCUCUGGGGUUCAAUUUCUAUUUAAAGAUACCUUAAAAUAA